GACUGCAGACAUACUACAGGAGAUGACCAGAGACUGCGGACACAUGACAGGAGAUGAGCAGAGACUGCGGACACAGCACAGGAGAUGGCCAGAGACUACGAACAUAGUACAGGAGAUGACCAGAGACUGCAGACAUGCUACAGGAGAUGACCAGAGACUGCGGACACAUUACAGGAGAUGUCCAGAGACUGCGGACACAGCACAGGAGAUGGCCAGAGACUACGAACAUAGUACAGGAGAUAACCAGAGACUGCGGACAUAGUACAGGAGAUGACCAGAGACUGCGGACAUAGUACAGGAGAUGACCAGAGACUGCGGACAGAGUACAGGAGAUGACCAGAGACUGCGGACAGAGUACAGGAGAUGACCAGAGACUGCGGACACAGUACAGGGGAUGACCAAAGACUGCGGACACAGUACAGGGGAUGACCAGAGACUGCGGACACAGUACAGGGGAUGACCAGAGACUGCGGACACAUUACAGGAGAUGACCA